AUGCGACAAACAUGGCAAGAUCCCAGGCUAGCAUUUGGUGCGUUGGAUCUCGGCAUGGCGAAGCAGAUCUCGUCACUCACUGUCGGCGUAGACUAUUUGGACCGAUUAUGGAAGCCGGAUACGUUUUUCCCGAACGAGAAGAAAUCGUUUUUUCACCUCGCCACCACGCAUAACUCGUUUCUUCGAAUCGACAGCGACGGCACGGUCUACACUAGUCAACGGCUCACUGUCACCGCCACUUGUCCGAUGAAACUGCAGCUGUUUCCGAUGGAUUCGCAACGAUGCAAGCUCGAGAUUGAAAGCUACGGCUACAGUAUCCUCGAUAUAAACUAUGUGUUCGCCUCGAAAGAGUCCGUGACGCGGUCUGAAUUCGAACUACCACAAUUCGUGCUCGUCGAUGUGAAGAUCAGCAACAAGACGGAAAAACUCAGCUCAGGUGAAUACUCUCGACUCACGAGUUAUUUUCUAUUCAAACGGAAUAUCGGCUUCUACAUCAUACAAAUCUACCUGCCAUCAGUGCUCAUCGUUGUUAUUUCAUGGGUAUGGUGA